AUGGCCAACGUCUCCAAGAAGGUGUCGUGGUCCGGCCGCGACCUGGACGACGACGAGGCGGCGCCGCUGCUGCGGAGGGCGGCGCGGCCUGGGGCGCCGGCCGGGGAGGCGGCGCCCCUGCUGAACGGGGCCGGGCCCGCUGCCGCCCGCGCGUCACCACACUCGGCAUUCUUCCGGAUCGGACAGUUGAGCAGCGUGGAGCUGGACGAUGAGCUUCUGGACCCUGACAUGGACCCCCCGCACCCCUUCCCCAGGGAGAUCCCACACAACGAGAAGCUGCUGUCCCUCAAGUACGAGAGCCUGGACUACGACAACAGUGAGAACCAGCUGUUCCUGGAGGAGGAGCGACGUAUCAACCACACGGCCUUCCGGACAGUGGAAAUCAAGCGCUGGGUCAUCUGCGCCAUGGUGGGCAUCCUCACAGGCCUUGUGGCCUGCUUCAUCGACAUCGUGGUGGAGAAGCUGGCCGGCCUCAAGUACAGGCUCGUCAAGGACAACAUCGACAGGUUCACUGAGCGCGGCGGGCUGUCCUUCUCCCUCCUGCUGUGGGCCGCGCUCAACGCUGCCUUCGUGCUCCUUGGCUCCGCCAUCGUUGCUUUCGUAGAGCCGGUCGCCGCUGGCAGCGGGAUCCCCCAGAUCAAGUGCUUCCUCAACGGGGUGAAGAUCCCCCACGUGGUCAGGCUCAAGACCCUGGUGAUUAAAGUGUCUGGCGUGAUCCUGUCGGUGGUGGGGGGACUGGCCGUGGGGAAGGAAGGGCCAAUGAUCCACUCGGGCUCGGUGAUCGCCGCGGGCAUCUCCCAGGGCAGGUCCACAUCGCUGAAGCGGGACUUCAAGAUCUUUGAGUACUUUCGCAGAGACACGGAGAAGCGGGACUUCGUCUCGGCAGGAGCUGCAGCUGGAGUGUCCGCUGCCUUCGGGGCCCCCGUGGGUGGGGUGCUGUUCAGCUUGGAGGAAGGUGCGUCCUUCUGGAACCAGUUCCUGACAUGGAGAAUCUUCUUUGCCUCCAUGAUCUCCACCUUCACCUUGAACUUCGUCCUGAGCAUUUACCACGGGAACGCGUGGGACCUGUCCAGCCCUGGGCUCAUCAACUUUGGAAGAUUCGAUACUGAGACCAUGGUGUACGUGAUCCACGAGAUCCCCAUCUUCAUCGCCAUGGGCGUGGUGGGGGGCAUUCUCGGAGCUGUGUUCAACGCCUUGAAUUACUGGCUGACAAUGUUUCGAAUCAGGUACGUCCACCGGCCCUGCCUCCAGGUGGUCGAGGCCACGCUGGUCGCCGCUGUCACCGCCACAGCCGCCUUCGUGCUCAUCUACUCAUCUCGGGACUGUCAGCCCCUGCGGGGGAGCUCCGUGUCUUACCCCCUCCAGCUCUUCUGUGCUGAUGGCGAGUACAACUCGAUGGCUGCGGCCUUCUUCAACACCCCAGAGAAAAGUGUGGUCAGCCUUUUCCACGACCCCCCAGGCUCCUACAACCCCGUGACGCUCGGCCUGUUCACCCUGGUCUACUUCUUCUUGGCCUGCUGGACCUAUGGGCUCACGGUGUCGGCCGGCGUCUUCAUUCCGUCCCUGCUUAUCGGGGCCGCCUGGGGCCGGCUCUUCGGCAUCUCCCUGUCCUACAUCACGGGGGCCGCGGUCUGGGCGGACCCUGGCAAGUAUGCCCUAAUGGGAGCUGCUGCCCAGCUGGGUGGGAUCGUGAGGAUGACGCUGAGCCUGACGGUCAUCAUGAUGGAGGCCACCAGCAACGUGACCUACGGCUUCCCCAUCAUGCUGGUGCUCAUGACCGCCAAGAUUGUGGGGGAUGUCUUCAUUGAGGGCCUGUACGACAUGCACAUCCAGCUGCAGAGCGUGCCCUUCCUGCACUGGGAGGCCCCCGUCACCUCGCACUCACUCACCGCCAGGGAGGUGAUGAGCACACCAGUCACCUGCCUGCGGAGGAGGGAGAAGGUGGGCGUCAUCGUGGACGUGCUGAGCAGCACGGCGUCCAACCACAACGGCUUCCCCGUGGUGGAGGACGCUGACGGCACGCAGCCAGCUCGGCUCCAGGGCUUGAUCCUGCGCUCGCAGCUCAUCGUCCUGCUGAAGCACAAGGUGUUCGUGGAGCGCUCCAGCAUGGGCCUGCUGCGACGCCGGCUGCGGCUGAAGGACUUCCGCGAUGCCUACCCGCGCUUCCCCCCAAUCCAGUCCAUCCACGUGUCGCAGGACGAGCGGGAGUGCACCAUGGACCUGUCCGAGUUCAUGAAUCCCUCGCCCUACACGGUGCCCCAGGAGGCGUCGCUGCCACGGGUGUUCAAGCUGUUCCGGGCCCUGGGCCUCCGGCACCUGGUGGUGGUGGACAAUUGCAAUCAGGUGGUCGGGAUGGUGACCAGGAAGGACCUGGCCAGGUACCGGCUUGGAAAGGGGGGCCUGGAGGAGCUCUCUCUGGCCCAGACGUGA